GCUGACCGCGGCCGCCCGCCGCCCGCACUUUUCUCCUCCGUGACCCCAGAGCUCAGGGGCGCCCCGUCUCCGGGCGCCAGGCCCCCCCCCGCGCAGCCGCGACUCCUCCCCGGGAACCCCCGGACCUGACCCCGGAGGAGCGCAUGGAGCUGGAGAACAUCCGCCGGCGGAAGCAGGAGCUGCUGGUGGAGAUCCAGCGCCUCCGGGAGGAGCUCAGCGAAGCCAUGAGUGAGGUGGAGGGUCUGGAGGCCAAUGAGGGCAGUAAGACUUUGCAGCGAAACCGGAAGAUGGCAAUGGGCAGGAAGAAAUUCAACAUGGACCCCAAAAAGGGCAUCCAGUUUCUGGUGGACAAUGAGCUGCUGCAGAACACGCCCGAGGAGAUCGCCCGCUUCCUGUACAAGGGUGAGGGGCUGAACAAGACCGCCAUCGGGGACUACCUGGGAGAGAGGGAAGAGCUGAACCUGGCAGUGCUCCAUGCUUUUGUGGAUCUGCAUGAGUUCACUGACCUCAAUUUGGUGCAGGCUCUCAGGCAAUUUCUGUGGAGCUUUCGCCUCCCUGGAGAGGCCCAGAAGAUUGACCGGAUGAUGGAGGCCUUUGCUCAGCGAUACUGUCUGUGCAACCCUGGGGUUUUCCAGUCCACAGACACGUGCUACGUGCUGUCCUUCGCUGUGAUCAUGCUGAACACCAGCCUUCACAACCCCAAUGUCAGGGACAAGCCCGGCCUGGAGCGUUUUGUGGCCAUGAACCGGGGCAUCAACGAGGGCGGGGACCUGCCUGAGGAGCUGCUCAGGAACCUCUACGACAGCAUCCGGAACGAGCCCUUCAAGAUCCCCGAGGACGACGGGAACGACCUGACCCACACCUUCUUCAACCCGGACCGGGAGGGCUGGCUCCUUAAGCUGGGGGGCCGGGUGAAGACGUGGAAGCGGCGCUGGUUCAUCCUGACUGACAACUGCCUCUACUACUUCGAGUACACGACGGACAAGGAGCCCCGAGGAAUCAUCCCGCUGGAAAACCUGAGCAUCCGAGAGGUGGAUGACCCCCGGAAGCCAAACUGCUUUGAGCUUUACAUCCCCAACAACAAGGGGCAGCUCAUCAAAGCCUGCAAAACGGAGGCAGACGGACGGGUGGUGGAGGGGAACCACAUGGUGUACCGGAUCUCAGCCCCCACACAGGAGGAGAAGGACGAGUGGAUCAAGUCCAUUCAGGCUGCUGUGAGCGUGGACCCCUUCUAUGAGAUGCUGGCCGCGAGGAAGAAGAGGAUUUCUGUCAAGAAGAAGCAGGAGCAGCCCUGACCCCUGCCCCCGUUCUAUUUAUUAUGGAGCUGCCCCGCCCGGGUGGCCGGACCCCUGGGCCCUGGGGCUGUGGAUCCUAGUCCUCCAUUUGGAAAUUCACCACCUCCCUCCAGCUCCUCCUCAUUUGUAAUUAACAUGCUGUUGGUAAUCUUAUUAAUUAUUUAACCAUUCAAGCCGA